AGCACCGGGAAUCCGGCUCCGGGAGCGCGGAGCGUGUGAGGAGGACGGCGUUGUUGUGGUGUGUGUGUGUGUGUGUGUGUGUGUGUGUGUGUGUGUGUGUGGGCGUGGCAGGGCCUGGGUGUGGCAUCGGGAGCCAGUGUGUGUGAGGCGGGGACUGGUACGCGAUGGCGUCUGUAUGACUUAAUUGGGUACAAAGCGUCCUGUGAGAACCAAGUGUCCGGGGCUGUGGCGCGUGCAUCUCGGAGCCUAGCAUCUUCGGGCCGCGUCGCCACACCGGGCCCGGGACAGAGAAAUGGGCUCUAGUCAGCAUCGGAGUGCCAUGAUGAAGAAUCCAUACAAAAAAAGCUCAGGCCCGCUCUUAGGCUGAGAAGGCCAGAACUGAGUCGGAUAGAGUAGCAGCUUCCUGUAGUCAAUUCCAGCGCUUUGAAAGGCCGAAGCAAGCGGAAGGAUAAAAAGUUAGAGACCAGCCCGGCUCUGGCCUCUGCAAAGUCUGCUUCUGGCAAACAAACCCCGAGGAGGACUGACCCGUUCUUGGAUUUCUAAAUUAUGGCCUGUGGAUCAGUGAUGUUCAGUGAUGUAUCCAUAGUCUUUUCUCAAGAAGAGUGGGAAUAUCUAGAUUUGGAACAGAAGGACUUAUAUAAAGAUGUGAUGAUGGAGAACUAUAGCAACUUGGUCUCACUAGCAGGAUGUUUCAUAUCUAAACCAGAUGUGAUUUCCUUACUGGAGCAAGGAAAGGAUCCCUGGAAAGUUAUGAGGAAAGGAAGAAAACGAUAUUUAGGUGUGAAGACUAGUUAUGAGACCAAGAAAUUAUUUUCAGAAAAUAACAUUUAUGAAUUAAAUUUAUCCCAGUGGAAGAUAAUGGAAAGAAUAAAAAACCAUGGCCUUAAGGGUCUCCUCUUGAAAAAUGACUGGGAGUCCAAAAGAAAAUUUGAAGGACAAGAGGGACCUCCAGAGAAUUAUUUCAGUCAAGUAAAGGCUAUAUCUGAAAAAGUAUCCUCUUACCAAAAGCACACAUCUGUUACCCCACUUCAGAAGAUUCAUUUUGUGGAGAAACCCUAUGAAUGUAAGGAAUGUGGGAAGGCUUUCAGAGUGCGUCAACAACUUACUUUUCAUUACAGAAUUCAUACUGGUGAAAAACCUUACAAAUGUAAGGAAUGUGGGAUGGCUUUUAGGCAGACUGCACACCUUACUCGACAUCAGAGACUUCAUUCUGGUGAAAAACUUUAUGAAUGUAAGGAAUGUGGGGAAGCUUUCAUAUGUGGUCCUGACCUCAGAGUACAUCAGAAAAUUCAUGUUGGUGAGAAGCCCUAUGAAUGUAAAGAAUGUGGGAAAGCCUUUAGAGUGCGAGGACAACUUACUCUCCAUCAGAGGAUCCACACUGGUGAAAAACCUUAUGUAUGUAAAGAAUGUGGGAAGGCCUUUAGACAAUAUGCACACCUAACUCGACAUCAGAAGCUUAAUAUUGCUGACAGACUCUAUGAGUGUAAAGAAUGUGGAAAGGACUUUCUGUGUGGCUCUGGCCUUCGAGUACAUUAUAAACUUCAUACUGGUGAGAAACCCUAUGAAUGCAACGACUGUGGGAAGUCCUUUAGAGUACGACAACAACUAACUCUCCAUCAGAGAAUUCAUACUGGUGAGAAGCCCUAUGAAUGUAAGGAAUGUGGAAAGACUUUUAGUCGUGGUUAUCAUCUAAUUCUCCAUCACAGAAUUCACACUGGUGAGAAACCUUACGAAUGUAAGGAAUGCUGGAAGGCCUUUAGCCGUUACUCACAACUUACUUCACACCAGAGUAUUCAUAUUGGUGUUAAACCUUAUGAUUGUAAGGAAUGUGGAAAGGCUUUUAGACUUCUGUCACAACUUACACAACAUCAGAGUAUUCAUAUUGGUGAGAAACCCUAUAAAUGUAAGGAAUGUGGGAAGGCCUUUAGGUUGCGCCAAAAGCUUACUUUACAUCAGAGCAUUCAUACUGGUGAAAAACCUUUUGAGUGCAAAGAAUGUAGGAAAGCCUUUAGGCUUAAUUCAUCUCUUAUUCAACAUCUAAGAAUUCAUUCUGGUGAAAAACCGUAUGAAUGUAAAGAAUGUAAGAAAGCCUUUAGACAACAUUCACACCUUACCCAUCAUCUGAAAAUUCAUAAUGUAAAAAUAUAAGAAAGUCUAGUCAGUCUUAUGAACAUUGUAUGAAUAUAAUAAUCUCUUUUGCUUCACAGGUGUUUCGAUUAGGCAAAGACAUUUUAUGCCAUUGAAGGAGUGUUAAUGUAUUCUUUCAUUCAUACUUGAAGUUUCAGCACAUUAGUUAAACUAAUUAUAUUAAUAUAACAGAUGUGGGAAAGGUACUUAUCUCUGUUCUGUCACUUUCCUACUUGUGUUAUAUUAAAUAAGACACUUAAAACGAUGAUAUAAAACUGUGACAAAAAUGGAUGGAAAUUCUUUGACAUUCUUUCCAUCAAGGGACGGAAUCUGCAUCCCUUCCUUUUUUUUUUUUUUUGUCUUUUUCAUUUUUAUCGGUACCAGGGAUCGAACUCACAACUGCCUGCUUGCAAGGCAGGCGCUUAUGCCGCUCAGCUAAAUCCCCAGCCCCCUACAUCCCUUCCUUUGAGUAUGAGCAGACUGUGAUUGCUUUCUCCAAUGGAAUAUAGUAGGAAUACUGCUAUGCUAGUUUCUGGGCACUAAACUAUAUCCUCAGUUUUUAAAAUUUAUUUAUUUAUUUAAUUUUAUUUUAAGAGAGAGUCUUACUAAGUUUCCCAAGCUAGCAAUUUGCCCAAACUUGCAAUCCUCCUGCCUCAGCCUCCCAGAAUGUUGGGAUCACAGUGGCCAGCCUACCUGGCUUGGGGUUACUUUAUUCCUUGAACUACUUUCUAAGCCCUAAACUUUCAUGUAAAAAAGUCUGACUGCUUUGCUGAGGAGCCCACAUACAGAGGCUCUGAAACUACAUAGACAGGGUGAGGCAACUUGCUGUACCUAGUCUUCCAAACAUACCCAAUAAAGCAUCAAACAUGUAAAUAGAACAGUUUUGGAUCCUCCAGAUCAGCCACCAGUUGAACAUUGCUGAGUGAUCUUAACUGACACCGUAUAGAACAGAAGAAUUAGUAACUGUGUCUCUUCACAGCAGCCUGCUGUCUCCUGUUGAGCCAACUUCUUUUUCUAUUUUUACUUGCCCCAAACUUGCUCUACAGAACUUGUUUCUUUUCUUAUCUUUAAUAACUGUAAAACUUUGCUGCCAUUAAAAAGGAAAAAGAACAGAAGAAUCAACCAGCUGUUGCUCUGCUCAAGUUCCUGACAUACAGUCAUAAAAUAAUGGUAAAAUGUUUUUUAGGCAAGUACAUUGUGCUUUACUAUCAUCUCCCUAAUGUUACACUUUGAAUUCUUGUGGAAGACUAUAGGUGUCAGGAAUAUAGAAAUGGCUUCCACCAACAUUUAUUGCUUAUUGAACUUCAGAAAUCUUUCUGAAAUAUUAAAAGUGUGAAAUUCUUUUUCAAUUUAAUUGAAAAUAUAUUCAAUCUAUAUUGUAUAGUCCCAUUCAAUAUUAAAAAUUAACAAAAUAUAACUUAAAAGGAAACUAUUUGGAAAUUAAAAUUAAAAGUAAUUAAAAUUAUAACUCAUUAUCUUUUUAAAACAACUCUAUUAUGAUUUUUUAAAAAUGCCGUAUUGUCCUAUCUUUGGCUAAUGAGAAUCACCUCAUUGGCAUUGAUGUUAUGUGUCCUUUUAUCAUCACCACUAUAUAUACUGAAAGCUUUUUUUUUUUUGAGACAGAGUCUCGUGUAGUUCAGGCUGGCCUUGCAUUAACUCUGUACGCCAGGCUGGCCUCAAACUUACAGAGGUCCUCCUGCCUCAUCCUCCCAGUGGGAUUAUAGGUGUGUGCCAACACACCCAACAAUUUUUUUUUAAAUCAAUGCAUUGAUCAGCUAUGAAACACACUUUGGUGUUACUGAUAGAGGGAAAGAAUGGAACAUUUAUCUUGCCUUCUGUAUUCCAAAACAACCAGAAGGUGAUUAAAUAAAAUUCUCUAUUUGAACAUUCUAGCAAAUUAGGGUUAGAGGGUGAUACAAUUUGAAAAUUACACUUUGGAUUUAUAAAGUAAUGGGUCUUAGUGAUGGUGCCAAUAGAUUGAAAGAUCAUAGGUAAAAAAUUGACAGGAAGCUUAUAACGAGGGGAGCAGAGCGAUAGUUUCUGCCAGUCUAUAUUAAUACCCCUAAAUUAGAUCAACUACACUAUACACUUCUUGUGGUAAUGCAGUCAAUGUACAGAGCAUCUCCUAUGAAAUAUUCUUGCCAAAAAAUAUUGACUGAAUUACAAUUGAAUUCCUCAAUCUAAUUACCAGUUAACAGGAUAUAUGUAGAUUUAAGAAAAAACUAAUGACAGAAAGAAACAAACAGCCACAUCCAAAAUUUGGGAAAUUUUAUUGAAAUAAUACUCUUAUUUUCUAACUAAAUACACAUCUACAAAGUUAAAACCCUAAUCCUACUGAGGUACCUUAUUACUGACUAACUGGUUCUAGGAGGUGGCAACCCAUACCAAAAGCAAGGAAUACCAAACUGGGCUUUGAAGAGUAGCAGGUCACAAGGCAAUCAAUCAGCAGCACAAGUUAUAGCUUGCAUAUCAAGCAUCAAAGUAUGAGUACUGGAACAAAAGUUUUAAUGGGUUUCAAAACUCAUCAAAACAUAGAAUACUAAGGGAUAACUGCAUAUGGAGCAUGUUGGAAUCCUGUGUUUAAAAAAUGUACUUGGAGCUGGGUGUGGUGGUGCAUGCCUGUAAUCCUAGUACUCUAGAGGCUGAAGUAGAAUUGCCUCAAGUUUGAGGCCAGCCUGAAUAACAGAAUGCGACUGUCUCAAAAAAUCAAAAAUCAAAACAAAUUUUAAAAUAAAUGUACGUGGCAUAUUCUUUAAUCAGGCAACACAGGCAGACAGAGAAAUGAUUAUCAUGAAAAAAGUUUAUACUCCAUUCCCUAGAAAUAGAUGCAGCUUGCCAUAUAGGGCCAUGUAGGAAAAUGCUCAAGUCUCCCUGAGAGCAAAAGUGGAGGGCAGAGCUCAAAGCCUGUGUCAGGAAUUUUGUGAGAAUGGGCAAGGGAGAGUAGGCACACUAAGUUUAGGAUUGGAUGGUUUGAAUGAUUUUGGAAGGCUCUAGGUUUUGGGGUGGUUUAGGGCAGGGGGAAUGGUGAUAAAAGUAUAUGGGUUUGAUAAAAGAGAUGGUGAGGUAUAGAUACUCUGUAUUAAUAGUAAAGGCCUGUACACAGUGAAGUUAUUUGUUACCAGUAGAUUAACUUGCCCUAUGAAAGGCCAUCAGUUUGAGAUCAUGGCCCCAGAUGCCAGAGUCUUAAGGAAACCAAAAUAUAGGCAAUACAGCCCUGAUUGAUAUAAAUACAUGAAAACAUUUUAAAUAUUGUGGGAACAUAGACUGAGUAUUAAGUGAUACUAAGAAGUGAAUUGUUUGUUACAUUGGGCAGGAUGAUGAGAUUAUGGGUAUGUGUGUAAGUCUUUAUGUUAUGGACCUGUGCUGAAGUAUAGAGUGAAAUUAUGUAUGCCCCAUGAUUUGCUUUAAAAUACAGUCAAGUACCAUAUAAUGAUGUUUUAGCCAGCAAUUAGCCACUGUACUACAAUGGCCCCAUGAGGUUAUAUCACCUAUUGAUAUUAUAUCUAUCUUAGUGUGUUAAAAUACACGCUAUAGGUGAAAUAAGAUUGGCAAAAUGUUGCUAAGUAUUGAAUACAGAUAAUGGAUACAGAGUUCCUUGUGUAUUUUUACUACCUUUACAUUUGAAAAUUUCCAUAAACUUUUUAAGGUUAAAAAUGAAAUCUAAAGUUUUAGAUUAUUUAAUGAUUAAUAAUAAUGUGUUACCUACAGAUUUUUAUUUGUAGAAAAUAACCAAAAUUCCAGUUGGUAGAAAACUUACAACAUUGUGUUUAGAAAGCAUAGUUUGAGGAACCAUUAUUUGUCUUGUUUACCACCACGUAUCCCCUCUACAAUGCCUGUCACUUAAGAGGCAAUUAAUAAAUAUGGUUAAAAAAAAACAGGCAUUAUGUUAAGGCAGAAGAUAAUUGAAAAGUAAAAGAAAAUACUUAAGGUAAGCAGCAGAAAGUAAUUUUUAUGAUAAGUAUAAUUGAUAAGAUGAUAGUGGUUUUCAGCCAAGGAUGUUUUCCUUGAAGAGACCAUUAUACAGAAUUAGCAGUUGUUAAGGAAAAAUAUUGUGGGAAUAUUUAUAUAUAUAUAUAAUAUAUAUUAUAUCCCACAAUUAUAACUUUAUAUGUGCAAAAAGUGAGAUUAUAAAGAUUUAAGUAACAUGUUACCAUAUAAUAUUUCAAUAUAUAUAAAGUCAUACAGAAAAUGAAGUUAUUCAAAGAAGCAUAAAAAUUACUCAGGUUUAUUCAAGAUACUCCCGAAAGCCUGAACAGAUCUAUAAAUAAAGGACAAAAUUUAAAUGUAGUUAUGACCUACAUUGAAUUGAUAGUUUUUCAGGCAAUAAAAAUUAUCAGAUCAUGCUAUCAGAUAAAUAUCCCAGUAAUAAAAGUAGAUGAGGAUCCCCCUAAAAGCAAAUUCUGAACAUUUCAUUUAGAAUGCACCUGUACACUCGCAGUAAAUAUCAGUAAAUUGAACUUGGUCAUCUGUUAGAACAAUUAAUUAUAAAACAUCAAAUGACUUACUUUUAAAACCUAGGGUUCUGAUUUAUGAUUUAUUUAUAUAUCCAGAUUUUAGGUUUUCUAUCUCAAAAAUAUAAUUACUUUGGAAAAAAAUGAACGAUCUAUUAUCUUUUAUUUUCUUACUAUUCUCAUUUAUCUUAGCCUCAUCAACCUUACAGAAAGAAUGAAUAAUUUAUAUGAAAAUAGGAAUUCAACCUCAAAUUAUUUUCUGUUGUAGUCUGUUUUGUGCUGCUAUGUGUACCUUACAAUUCAGAAGGGUGAAGAGCCCAAGAAUAAGGGGCUGCCAUCUGAUAAAGUCCUUUUUGCUCUGUCAUCCCAUAAUGGAAGAGCAAAGACAAAGGGAGGACAGACAGCAAGAGGGACAGAUUUCACCAUUACAAGAAACCGACUCAUGAUAACAAACCCACUUCUAUAGUAACAGCAUUAAUCUACUGAUGAAGGCAGAGCCUUCAUGAUCUCAUUCACUCGCUUUAUUUCUUCAGUACUAGGGAUUGAACCUAGGGUCUUUGCACUGAACUAUAUACCCAGUCAUUUUUCUAAUUUUUAUUUUGAGACAGGGUCUUGCUCAGUCAUUAAGUAACCCAGGAUGGGCUGAAACUUGUAAUCUUUCUGCCUCCACCUCCUAGAGUACAUUAUUGGGACUGCAAGUGUCACGAGGCCCAGGAAGGGUCCUACCUCUUAAAGAUCACAUUGGGGAUCAGGUUUCUAACACAGGAUCUUUGGAAGGACACAUUGUGACAUAUCUUCAGCAAAAUUAGAGUAUUACCACAAUUCUUCAGUUUCACCCAAACGUCUAAAAUCAUGUUAACAUUUAUGCCUUCAAGACCACUCAUCAGAUUGGGCUGUUAUUCAUCAUCUACAGUAAUACAGCUUUCACACUGAAGAUUUCAAAUUGAUUUUAAUUUUUAAACAGUAAAGUAGAACACAAAGACUAUUCAAGUGCUACAAUAAAAUUAGUUUUUGCUGAUAGGUCAAUGUAUUUCUCUUCUCAGGUAAUAUUUUCAUAUUAAUGGGCCUUCUGGGAUCAGUCCAUUAAUGAAACUUUUCUAAAACUAAUUUCUAUAGAAUACCAGUAGUUAAUGGUUCUUGAGGGAAAUGAUCUUGUCAGACAAGCAUGGGAGCUCUGUAUACUAUAUUUCUUGGGGAGAAAAAUCAUAUUAAGUGCCUAUCAAAAGACUAAUGAUACAAAAAAACCAAAAAGAUAACAGUGCUGGGUGUGGUGGCACAUGCCUGUAAUCCAAGCACUCAAGAGGCUGAGGCAGGAGGAUCAUGAGUUCAAGGCCAAUCUAGGUUACAAAGUGACCUCAAGGCUGGGGGUUUAGCUCAGUGGCAUAAGCACCUGCCUUGCAAGCAGGUGGUCGUGAGUUCGAUCCCCAGUACUGAUAAAAAUGAAAAAGACAAAAAAAAAAAAAAAAAAAAAAGUGACCUCAAGGCCAGUCUGAACUGCAUAGUGAAACCCUGCUGCAACACAAAAAACAAGAGACUAAUGAUGUUUUAUCUAAACCGUGUGUGUAUUGCAGGCUUUUAGAUGUUGCCAUAAAACUCUAUGAUUCUUUUCUUUGAGAAAUUAUUUCUGAUUUAAUUUUUUCUAGAGGCUCAUUCAGUUGCUUUGGUGUUACUAGACAGGCCAGGUGGGUGGCUUUCAGAUUGUCCCACCUCAUUGCCCCCUUGGUAGAGUUUGCCUUUGGUAGACUGGAUGUCUGAGGUUGCUUCUUAUUUAAGUGUCUUCUCAUUUUCUUUUCAGUUUAAUUUCUGGGUUGGUGCAUGUAAACUACCUAUGAUGAAUAGCUGUAUUGCUAGUAUUUAGAACCCUUAUGAAAUGGCCACUCCAAAGUGUCUUCCAGAUAUAACUGGCUUUUGGAUUUUGAAUCUGUUGCAAGAUCCUGCCUCUUCAAUUUGUUGGAGAUGACAAGUUGCUGCCUGCUUGGCCCAGCCCCUGGUUCUCUGGCACUGUCCCACAGUUUUUCUGUGAUGCUUAGUUGGUCUCAGUCUUGGAACAACAGGAAGAACUGCUGAUUAGAACAAUUAUGUCACUUUGAAUAAAGUGGUACAGUGAGUAAUAACAGUAGCAUUAAAUGCAGCCUAGAAAAUGACAAAGUAAGGAAAGCAUUAAUUUGCCACCUUUAACCAUAUGAACUAGAUUAGUGGUUAUAGAACAAAAUACAGGCAAAUGCUUAUACCAUUGAAUUAUAUCCCCAGCCCUAGAACAAAAUCUAAAACAACCAGAGAAUUAUAUGUAAUAUAUAGGCCAUUAAUAUUUCAAUUGUAGGGGCUGGAGAUUUAGCUCAGCAGCAUAAGCGCCGGCCCUGCAAGCAGGCAGUCAUGAGUUUGAUCCCCGGUACCGAUAAAAAGGAAAAAGACAAAAAAAAAAAAAUUUCAAUUGUACCUCGGGUUAAAAUUUAAAAGAGGUCAGGGAAAAAUAGAGAAGUAGAAGAAAAGAGAAGUAAGGCUGGAGGACACAGCAAUCAUGGUAACUUUGGGAACCUGGUGUAGAAGAUAGGAGGGAAAGAGAAGGAAGAAAUAAAAGGAAGAACAGAACACUACAACAACCACUAAGAGGCUACAAACCACAUUGACAUUCAUGUAAAAACAAGAUCAAACAAGGAAAAAAAAGCACCCCUAAAAGACAAAAAACCACCACCACCAUAACAAAAAACAAAUGAGAGAGAGUGUGCACUUUUAGGUUUGUCUCUGCUGUCACUGGUAGGUAGUGUGUGGAGUCAGAGCUCAGAUCUGUGUUGAUUUAUCCCAGCAAGCCAGCAGUAUGUUUAUGGUGGGUAGUGGAUAAUCUCAGUGAGCCUGCACCUUUAUCUCCCCUCAAGCUAGGGUGGUUACUGGCAAUGGGGGGGGCAAGACCAUACCUAUUCACCUCAGCAGUUAGUGCACUUUGUGCAGGCUUGAACUCAGCUGGGAGCCCCUAGAUGGACCCAGCAGUUGUUCUGAUUUCUGAGCUUAGUUGGCCCCUCUCUAAGAUGGCUCCCAGCCAAUCACACUCCUCUGUGAGAUGACUGAGCCCUCAGGCCUCACUCCAAGCUCAGUCUUUCACAUCCACUGCUCCCUUCCACUGCAGUGUCUCUCUAUUGUAGCCUUUCAUGUUGCCAGCAGUCACUGUGUAUCUGCAGGUUUGAAUUGCUCCUCCCAAGCAAUAUAUCCUGACUCAGGGAUAAGAUUGCCAGCUACCUCCUCCUUUGCUGAAGUUUCUCUCUUCACUCUGCCUUCAGAUCUUUCCUGGGUCCAGGGGACCCACGCCCCUCCUUGUGUUCCUCUGGAUGGCAACUCUCAGCCUCUUUCUCUGCUUCUUAUUGCUCUGCCACUUUCCUGGAAGUCCUCAGGAUUCCUUUUUUUUUCUUUUUUUUAAAAAAAAAAAGGGCUGGGGAUUUAGCUCAGCAGCAUAAGCACCUGUCUUGCAAGCAGGUGGUCGUGAGUUCGAUCCCUGGUACCGAUAAAAAAAAAAAACCUAAUUCCUCUUUUUUUCUUUUUAGUGCUGGAGGUCAAACUCGGGGCCUUAUGCAUGCUAGGUGCUAGGUAAAUGCUCUAUCAGUGGGCUACAUGUCUAGCCCUCUUAUCUCUUACAGAUGUUCUGCUUUGCAAAUUUUGGAUGCUGUUGUAAUGAAUAACUUCAAGGAUUGAAAUUUCAGCAUCACAGCAGAUGUGUGUUAUGUGAAGGAAAGUGACUAUAUGCUAUGCAAUGAGGUGCUUGAUUUUUUUUUAACCUAAAAUGGUGCUUUUUUUAUGGCUUGGUGAUGUCACUCAGUGGUAGAAAACUUGCCUCAAAUGCAUUAGGCCCUGUGUUCAAUCCUUAGCAAGACACAGACACACACACACACACACACACACACAUACACACACACACACACACACAUACACACACACACACACACAUACACACACACACACACACACACACAUACACACACACACACACACACAGGUGCUUUUCAAUGGACUAAAUCCAGUAGCCCUACCUGUCAUUUAUACUUAAAUCUUUCACUGAUGGGUAUUUGGAUUAUAUAUAAUUUCUUACUGUGAAAAAUGCCUUAUCAAGUAUCUGUUUCUUACUAUACAUAACCAAGAGUUUUUCUAAUAUGGUAAGUUUCUGACUUACAACAAGUUUUCUGGGAGAAUUGUUUGAAAGUUGAAUUCAUUCCUAAGCCAACAAAGUGAGUCUUACACAGUAUGCAAGUGAAAAUUUGCAACCCAGAUAUUUGUAAGAUAGGGACUUACAUGUUUAUCAAAAAGUAGGAUUACUGUGUCACAGUUUACAUUCAUUUGGAAUCUAGUUAAAUUGCCAUAAAAAUAGAAAGUAUCAUUGUGGUGCGAAUUUACAAUACCUUCAACCAGUAAAAUAUUUAUUUCCCCAAGUCUUAAUAUUCUUCCUGGUUAAUAAUAAGUUGAACAUUGUUAAACAUCUACUUUAUGACUAAACAAUUUAACUUGCUAGUUUGUGUCUUGGCUAUGUUCUUUUUAUUAAAAAUUUCAUAUUAAGAAUUGUGAUAUUUUAAAAAUAAAAUUCCAGAUAGUAAUCUUUUACCUGUUAAAAGUGAAGAACUGACUUCUUCCAGGUUUCAACUUACGUCUGUAUUUAUGGUGAUAUUGCCAAAUUAAAAUUUUAAAAAUGGGUUCAAUCACAGCUUUCAUUGUUAUGACUGAUUUCAAAAGGUCAAAAGUCUUUUUGGUUUUUAGUAGACUCUUGGUUUUCUAGGUAACUUUGAACUUUGUCAAUUGAACUUUGUCAAUUGCAAUUUGUAAUUUUGUGUUUUGUCCCAAAUAUUGGUAGUGACUGUUUUGUUAAUUAUUUUAUUAUAAUAAAAAGAACCUUCAGAAUUAGAUUUAGUAUUGUGGCAGUAGCAGGCAUCUAGUCAUUUCUCCUGAUUUAAUGGAAAUCAUUUAGUAUUAUGUUUAGGACUGAAGUAAGACUUUAAGUUGUCUUCUACAGUCCCUACUUUUUUGAAAUACUGUCUAGAUGCCACUUUAGCACAUUGAUAUAAUGUUUUUCUCCUUAAAUUUGUUAAUAUGAUACUGUACCAUAGCCAUACCAGGUGGUAUAGUAAUGGCAUAAGAAUAAAUAAUGUAGCCGGGUGUGGUGGCUCACGCCUGUAAUCCCAGCACUCCGGAGGCUGAGGUGGGAGGAUUGUUGUGAGACCAGCCUGGGCUACAAAGUGAGCUCAAGGCCAGCCUGAACUGCAUAGAGAGACCCCGUCUCAAAAAGACAAAAAAAGAAUAAAUAAUGUAACAAACAGUCCUGAAAAAGACAUACAUAUAUACAGUCAUCUAAUUUCUGACAGCCUCCUCUGCAAUGUGCUUGGAAAAUGGUAGUCUUUUCAAUACAUAGCACUGGGUCAGUCACCUAUCUAUAUGGAUAAAGCAUUACUCUUGACUCAUACUACAGACAAAUCAAUCCCAAAUGCAUUAGCUCUUGAAUUAUAAAAAGUAGAGCAAAGAAUUUCUCCAGCAGUGAAAUAGUGAAGAUUUCUUAAACGGAACGAAGAACACAAAUCAUACAAGGAAAGAACUGAAAAUUUUACUAUGAAUCUGUAAGAAUCUGUUUUCAUCAAAAGAUACCAGUUGGAAACUGAAAAGAUACCCAAACUGCCAGGGGUUAGCUCAGCAGUGUUAAGUGGCUGCCUGGCAAGCACAAGGUAGUGAGUUCAAUCCCUGGUACAAAAAAAAAAAAAAAAAAAAAAAACCCACAAACUAAGAAUUUACAGUAUUCAUUUUAUAUAUAUAGUGAUUUAUCUAGAAUAUGUGAAGAACCCUAUAGAUCAGCAAAUGACAGAAAACCAAAUAGGAAAUGGGGAAAAACCCUGAAUAUACCAAAUGACCAAAAAGAUGAAAA